CGGUGUCACGCUUUAUAUACCUGGCUACUUUCUAUGUUCUACUGGUUCUCUUUGUGCUUUCACACGUUUCAAAGCCAGAUGACUCAACUGAGACUAAAUGGCUGCCCCACCCACCUGGAACUUGUCAGCAUAUCUUCACGUGCGCUUCCGUGUGUACGCCCUGAUGCGAGCUCUGAGAGUGGAGCGAUGUGGAGCCGCUGUCAGUGUGCAGAUCACUAUGGGAGGCACAGAGACGUAGGCGCGCACACCCGACACACAGCAUCCGACCAUCAUCCGAACCCCAGGGAAGACCCCAGGAAGGCCUCAGGUUGAAUGCAGAUGGAUUCAUCCCCACCACAGUAGCAGAAGACGGAGAUCAUGCCAACUCAUCGGCGAGGGAGGAGUAUGUCGGACGGCCUCACCCUGGAGGAGUCCGCAAGCGGGGGACUGGUCGUCUCAAGCAUUGGCGUUGGGUCCUCCUCCAAUCAGGGGCUCCACCAAGGGGAUGAAAUUGUGGGUGCAUCGAUUAAUUUCGAUGAACUGUCCAAAGAGGAGGUUUUGAAAGUACUGAAGCUGAUGGAACCAUUUAGCAACAACAUGCAAGUCCUCACCAAGAACAACAUGAGCAAGAGUCUCGGCAACCUGGAUUCAGUCUCCAAGGGCCCAGGAGAGAUGCUGAACGACUCCUAUAGCCGACUCUACAAUGCAAAGAUCAAGAGGUUCAUGAGGGAUGGCCAUGGAGGUGUGGGUGGUUCCAGCGAUGGAGUGCGACACCCUCAAGGAAGCAGACCGGAGUUAUCCAAUUUAAGCCAUAUGACUGACAGUGGAAUUCCUCGGCUUGGCGUUGAUUUUGGAUUACUCAAAACAAAGACUCCCAGAAUGGACACACCGACAGCAGACGGAAACCUCAAUUUGAAAACAAAAUCUGAACUAAACUUGCGUCAUUCCAAUGGAAGUCUUCCUGGUUUGGAAAUAUAUCCGACCGAGGGUAAGAUCAGUGACCCAACCUUUGACGGCAAUGCACCAAAAAUAGAAAUUGAAGGAUCUAAAAAAUCAUUAAAAAUGCCAAGAUUUAAAAUUCCAGACCUGGGUCUUAAUGGAGCCAUAACCAGACAGACAGAUAUAAAUGUCCCAGAAAUCUCUUCAGGUGCUAUUCAUGUCAGACCUUCCAAGAAAUUUAGGAAUCCUCCCCUAAAUGUGGACAACCCUAAUAUGGGUUUACAUAACUUUGAGUUACCUACAGUGACAAGGUCCACGGUAGACCUAAAAAAACCUGAUUUAGAUCUUGAUUCACCCUCUGGAGAAUUCAAGAUGCCUUCAUUUGGGCUGUCAGGCAAAAGACCAGAUCUCAAUAUUGAUGCUGACCUCAAAUCACCUGACUUCAGUCUCAAAACUGUUAAUACUCCAGGGCUGGACAUCAACGCAGGCCAGAACACACCAAAGUUCAAGAUUCCCAACUUUGGUCUCUCUAGCCCCGAAGCACAAGAAGGUGGUUAUAGUGGAGAUCUACAGGGGCCAGAUAUCAGCUUAGGAAAGAAUAAAGCUGGAUAUCUGGAAACUGACAUUGACCUUGAUUUCGAGUCAACUAAACUCAAGCAACCGAGUAUGGAUAUUGGUACCCCUUCUGGAAAUUUCAAAAUGCCAGAUUUGAAAAUGCCCAGUUUUGGAUUGUCUGGAUCAAAAGUAGAAGUUCCUGACCACGAGUUGCCUAACGUAAAUCUCUCCAAGCUAAAUGUUAACACCGAUAUGGAGAUGAAAAUGCCCUCAGCAAAAGUAAGUGCUCCCUCUGCUAAGGUCAAAAAAACCAAAUUCAAAUUAUUUGGUACAUUACCAAAGAAAAGAGAUGUGGAUAUAAAUGCAAGUGCAAAAUCUCCAAAGAUUCAGGGUUUAGAGUUUUCUGGAAUUGACACACCAACCAUUGAUCUCACAGCUCCUAAUCUAGACCUGCAUGCUCCAGACAUGAACGCUGAUUUACCCAAAGGGAAAUUCAAAAUGCCCUCACAGAGCAUGCCUAAUUUUGACUUCAAUACUCCUGACCUGAACAUCAAUAUACCAACAUUGAAAUCACCAGACCUGAGCCUCAGUGGUCCAAACAUAAAGGCUCCUGCUAUGGAUUUACCAAACAUGGAUCUUAAAGCUCCAAAAGUAGAUCUUAACAUGGGAUCAUCCAAAGGAAUGUUUGAUAUGCCCAAAUUUAAGAUGCCAAAUCUCCCAAACCUAAAAAGACCAGACAUUGAUGGCAACAUAGAUGGUUCAGAUCUAGAUGUGAAUAUACCAAAUGUCAACAUAAAGGGUCCCAAAGGAGGGCUAGAAAUACCAGAUGCUGAUUAUGACAGCCCGUCAUUUAAUUUUAAGAAGCCAAAUUUGAAAAUGCCAGAUUUCGGUCUUUCAGCACCAAAGUUAGAUAGUCCUGACUUUAACUUCAAAUCCCCUGAUUUUAAUGUUUCAUGUCCUAAACUUGGCGGUGGAAUAAAUACACCAGACCUCAAUAUGCCCAGACUUGAUCUCAAAAGCCCCAACAUGGACCUCAGUGGCCCUAACAUUGAUAUGAAUGCUCCUUCAGGGAAAUUCAAAAUGCCCAAGUUUGAUCUCUCUGGCACACUGCCAAAAGGGGGAAUUGAAGCCCCGAACUUGAACAUGCCCAAAUUGGAUCUUAAAGCUCCUAAAUUGGAUGUGAAUACUCCAGAUGUGAACAUUGGUUCACCCAAAGCAAAGUUUAAGAUGCCCCACUUGAAGAUGCCAAAAUUUGGAUUACCCAACAUUAAAGGACCUGACAUUGACGGCAACAUAGGUGGUCCAGAUCUAGAUUUGAAUAUGCCAAAUGUCAACCUCAAAGGUCCUAAAGCUGGAUUGGAAAUGCCAGAUGCGGAUUUUGACAGCCCAUCAUUCAAAUUUAAAAAGCCAAAUAUGAAGAUGCCAGACUUAAGACUUUCAGGACCAAAGUUAGAUGGUCCUGACUUCAAAUCCCCUGAUUUCAAUGUCUCUGGUCCUAAACUUGGCGGUGGAAUAAAUCCUCCAGACCUUAAUAUGCCCGGAGUGGAUUACAAAAGCCCAAACAUGGACCUCAAUGCCCCUAACAUUGAUAUUAAUGCUCCUUCAGGGAGAUUCAAAAUGCCCAAGUUUGAUCUCUCUGGCACACUGCCAAAAGGGGGGAUUGAGGCCCCGAAUUUAGACUGGCCAAAAAUGGAUCUGAAAGCUCCUAAAUUGGAUGCAAAUACUCCAGAUGUGAACAUUGGUUCACCAAAGUCAAAGUUUAAGAUGCCCGAUUUGAAAAUGCCCAAAUUUGGCUCGCCAAACUUCAAAGGACCCGACAUUGAUGGCAACAUAGGUGGUCCAGAUCUAGAUUUGAAUAUGCCAAAUGUCAACCUAAAGGGUCCCAAAGCUGGAUUGGAAAUGCCAGAUACAGAUUUUGACAGCCCAUCAUUUAAAUUUAAAAUGCCAAAUAUGAAAAUGCCAGACUUUGGACUUUCAGGACCCAAGUUAGAUGGUCCUGACUUUGAUUUCAAGUCUCCUGAUUUCAAUGUCUCUGGUCCUAAACUUGGCGGUGGUAUAAAUACACCAGACGUCAAUAUGCCCAAAGUUGAUCUCAAAAGCCCCAACAUGGACCUCAGUGGCCCUAACUUUGAUAUUAAUGCUCCUUCAGGGAAACUGAAAAUGCCUAAUUUUGGUCUCUCUGGCACACUUCCAAAAGGGGAGAUUCAGGCCCCGAACUUGGACUUGCCAAAAUUGGAUCUUAAAACUCCUAAAUGGGAUGUGAAUACUCCAGAUGUGAAUAUUGGUUCACCAAAAGGAAAGUUUAAGAUGCCCAAGUUCAAAAUGCCAAGAUUUGGCUCGCCUAAAGUUAAAGGACCUGACAUUGAAGGCAAAAUAGGUGGUUCAAAUCUAGAUAUGAAUAUGCCAAAUGUCAACCUUAAGAGUCCCAAGGCCGGAUUUGAAAUGCCAGAUGUAGAUUUUGACAGCCCAUCAUUUCAAUUUAAAAAGCCAAAUUUGAAAAUGCCUGAUCUCAGUCUUUCAGCACCAAAGUUAGAUGGUCCUGACUUAAACUUCGAAUCCCCUGAUUUCAAUGUUUCAGGUCCUAAACUUGGCGGUGGAAUAAAUACACCAGACCUCAAUAUGCCCAGAGUCGAUCUCAAAAGCCCCAACAUGGACCUCAGUGCCCCAAACAUUGAUACGAAUGCUCCUUCUGGGAAAUUCAAAAUGCCCAAGUUAGAUCUCUCUGGCAGCCUGCCCGAAGGGGGAAUUGAGGCCCCGAACUUGGACUUGCCAAAAUUGGAUCUAAAAGCUCCUAAAUGGGAUGUGAACACUCCAGAUUUGAACAUUGGUUCACCCAAAACAAAGUUUAAGAUGCCCCACUUGAAGAUGCCCAAAUUUGGAUCGCCCAACAUUAAAGGACCUGACAUUGACGGCAACAUAGGUGGUCCAGAUCUAGAUUUGAAUAUGCCAAAUGUCAACCUCAAGGGUCCUAAAGCUGGAUUGGAAAUGCCAGAUGCAGAUUUUGACAGCCCAUCAUUCAAAUUGAAAAUGCCAAAUAUGAAAAUGCCAGACUUUGGACUUUCAGGACCCAAGUUAGAUGGUCCUGACUUUAAGUCCCCUGAUUUCAAUGUUUCUGGUCCUAAACUUGGCGGUGGAAUAAAUCUCCCAGACCUCAAUAUGCCCAACUUUGAUCUCAAAAGCCCCAACAUGGACCUCAGUGCCCCUAACAUUGAUAUGAAGGCUCCUUCUGGGAAAUUCAAAAUGCCUAAGUUAGAUCUCUCUGGCAGCUUGCCCGAAGGGGGAAUUGAGGCCCCGAACUUGGACUUGCCAAAAUUGGAUCUAAAAGGUCCUAAAUGGGAUGUGAACACUCCAGAUUUGAACAUUGGUUCACCCAAAACAAAGUUUAAGAUGCCCCACUUGAAGAUGCCCAAAUUUGGAUCGCCCAACAUUAAAGGACCUGACAUUGACGGCAACAUAGGUGGUCCAGAUCUAGAUUUGAAUAUGCCAAAUGUCAACCUCAAGGGUCCUAAAGCUGGAUUGGAAAUGCCAGAUGCAGAUUUUGACAGCCCAUCAUUCAAAUUGAAAAUGCCAAAUAUGAAAAUGCCAGACUUUGGACUUUCAGGACCCAAGUUAGAUGGUCCUGACUUUAAGUCCCCUGAUUUCAAUGUCUCUGGUCCUAAACUUGGCGGUGGAAUAAAUCUCCCAGACCUCAAUAUGCCCAACUUUGAUCUCAAAAGCCCCAACAUGGACCUCAGUGGCCCUAACAUUGAUAUGAAUGCUCCUUCAGCGAAACUGAAAAUGCCUAAUUUUGGUCUUUCUGGCACCUUGCCAAAAGGGAAAAUUGAGGCCCCAAACUUGCACUUGCCAAAAUUGGAUCUAAAAGGUCCUAAAUGGGAUGUGAACACUCCAGAUUUGAACAUUGGUUCACCCAAAACAAAGUUUAAGAUGCCCCACUUGAAGAUGCCCAAAUUUGGAUCACCCAACAUUAAAGGACCUGACAUUGACGGCAACAUAGGUGGUCCAGAUCUAGAUUUGAAUAUGCCAAAUGUCAACCUCAAGGGUCCUAAAGCUGGAUUGGAAAUGCCAGAUGCAGAUUUUGACAGCCCAUCAUUCAAAUUUAAAAAGCCAAAUAUGAAAAUGCCAGACUUUGGACUUUCAGGACCCAAGUUAGAUGGUCCUGACUUUAAGUCCCCUGAUUUCAAUGUCUCUGGUCCUAAACUUGGCGGUGGAAUAAAUCUCCCAGACCUCAAUAUGCCCAACUUUGAUCUCAAAAGCCCCAACAUGGACCUCAGUGGCCCUAACAUUGAUAUGAAUGCUCCUUCAGGGAAACUGAAAAUGCCUAAUUUUGGUCUUUCUGGCACCUUGCCAAAAGGGAAAAUUGAGGCCCCAAACUUGCACUUGCCCAAGAUGGAUCUUGAAGCUCCUAAAUUGGGUAUGAAUACUCCAGACAUGAACAUUGGUUCACCCAAAACAAAGUUUAAGAUGCCUAAGGUGAAGAUGCCCAAAUUUGGAUCACCCAACAUUAAAGGACCUGACAUUGACGGCAACAUAGGUGGUCCAGAUCUAGAUUUGAAUAUGCCAAAUGUCAACCUCAAGGGUCCUAAAGCUGGAUUGGAAAUGCCAGAUGCAGAUUUUGACAGCCCAUCAUUCAAAUUUAAAAAGCCAAAUAUGAAAAUGCCAGACUUUGGACUUUCAGGACCCAAGUUAGAUGGUCCUGACUUUAAGUCCCCUGAUUUCAAUGUCUCUGGUCCUAAACUUGGCGGUGGAAUAAAUCUCCCAGACCUCAAUAUGCCCAACUUUGAUCUCAAAAGCCCCAACAUGGACCUCAGUGGCCCUAACAUUGAUAUGAAUGCUCCUUCAGGGAAACUGAAAAUGCCUAAUUUUGGUCUUUCUGGCACCUUGCCAAAAGGGAAAAUUGAGGCCCCAAACUUGCACUUGCCCAAGAUGGAUCUUGAAGCUCCUAAAUUGGGUAUGAAUACUCCAGACAUGAACAUUGGUUCACCCAAAACAAAGUUUAAGAUGCCUAAGGUGAAGAUGCCCAAAUUUAACCUCCCAAAUCUAAAAGGACCACAAGUUGGUGGCAACUUCGAUGGUCCAGAUCUAGAUAUGAGUAUGCCAAAUGUCAACCUCAAAGGUCCUAAAGCUGGAUUUGAAAUGCCAGAUGUGGAUUUUGACAGCCCGUCACUUAAAUUGAAAAAGCCAAAUAUGAAAAUGCCAGACUUUGGACUUUCAGGACCAAAGCUAGAUGGUCCUGACUUUGACCUAAAUUCCCCAGAUUUCAAUGUUUCAGGUCCUAAACUUGGUGCUGGAAUAAAUCCCCCAGACCUCAAUAUGCCCAACUUUGAUCUCAAAAAGCCCAACAUGGACCUCAGUGCCCCAAACAUUGACAUUAAUGCUCCUUCAGGGAAACUGAAAAUGCCCAAAUUUGGUCUCUCAGGUACAUUGCCAGAAGGGGGAAUUGAGACCCCGAAAUUGGACUUGCCAAAAAUGGAUCUUAAAGCUCCUAAAUUGAAUCUGAAAUCUCCAGAUGUGAGGAUUAGUUCACCCAAAACAAAGUUAAAGAUGCCCCACUUGAAAAUGCCCAAAAUUGGCUUAUCCGACAUUAAUGGACCUGAUAUUGAUGGCAACAUAGAUGGUCCAGAUGUAGAUUUCAACAUGCCAAUGGCAAACAUUAAAGGUCCAAAAGCUGGAAUUCAAUUACCAGAUGGUGAUUUUGAUGGCAAAUUUAAAAAGCCUAAUUUGGGUCUUUCUGGACCAAAAUUGGAUGCCCCAAGUUUUGAUAUGUCUUCACCAAGACUACCAAAUAUGGCUGUAGACACUCCAGAGGGGAAGUUCAAAAUGCCAGACAUAGGUUUCUCUCGACCAAAAGCAACCGCACCAGACAUGGACCUCUCUGUUUCUAAAUUGAAAGGCCCCGGUCUGAAGGGCCCAAAAGUUGAAAUCAAUGCUCCAUCUGGUCGGAUGAGGACCCCUCAAGGGGCGAACGUGGGUCUUUCUGGUUCACUACCAAAAGGGGAAAUGAACACACCUAAAUUUAACCUAAAUGUCCCUCAAAUAGGCAUUGGCUCUCCAAAGAACGUCAAAAUGCCAAAAGCAGGGAUCCAAGGUGGAUAUAUUGAUGUAAAGAGACCCUCAGGAAAUAUCCAGGCUCCUCAACGUGACCUUGAUUUCCCUGAUAAAAGAUUUAAACAGCCUCAAUUUGGGAGCCCAAACUUUCAGGCUGGAUCUAAUAUGGACUUUGAUGCAGCUCGUCGACAACCAAACCUGCCAAUGCUAAGUGCUCCAAAUGUAGACCUCAACAGAAUGAGGCCCAGUAUCCAAAGCCCUCAGUUCAACAUGAGAGCUCCAGUUCUUGACAUUGAUGCUCCUGCACUGCAUUAUAACAAGCCCUCUUAUAAAGGUCAGAGGUCAGAUCUUACAGGCAAGAAAACCCCGGGUUUAGAUGGCAAUGUAAACUUGCAAUAUAGAAUGUCUCCUGAGAUACACCCAAGGGGCGAUCGUCACGGCCACAACAAUCAACCAUACCGCCAUGGUUCUGAUCCCAAUGCGUAUGUUUUUGGUUCUGAUCUCAACAUCGAUGACUUCACUGGAAGGGAUCAUGUCCCCAGGUCCAGGGCACCCCAACGAGAUCGCGCUAUGGGCAGGGUUUCAGGGGGGUUCAGGGGUCCGAGUUUCAACGUAGCAGCCCCCAGGCACCAGUCAGGGGAAGGGUUAAGCCAGGGCUAUGGAGUCUCCCCAGCAGGGUUCCAUAUGGACCCGCGGGACCCAAGACAUCAGGUUUACAGAAGGUCUGCCGAGGGACCGAGGAAGACCAGGCAGCCCAGCGCCAAGCUGCCCACAGGACAUAGAAAACCAUCUGACGAGGGUUAUUUUGUUACAGUUUUCCCCACACAAGGGCAAAAUGGACUUAUGCAAAACCGCAGACCAAACACAUUGGGGAGACUCGACUUCAAUCCACCCAACAUGGACCUCGAGGUUCCAGAUGCAAAUGAAGACGGCUCGACAUUCUGGUUUUCUAAGCUCAUAUAGGAGACAAGGAGUACGACUAUCUCUAAACACAGUUAGACAGUUUUCAUGUAAUAAUAAUAAUAAUAAUAAUAAUAAAUGUGUCAUGUGUCAUGUGUUACAUAUUUGUUGCCCUAUAUUUGUUGCUAAACCUUUUGUAUAUAUUUCUUCAAUAUAUUUGCGUUAUGCAUUAUAAAAUAUGUACUUUUGCACUCAUUGUCAUCAUCAAUGUAAACAUUUGGGAAUUCAAUGUAAACAUUUGACAUGAAACAAAAUGUUUUUUUAUGGAUUGGAAAUUUAGUUCUUAAGUUAUUUCUUGAAUAUUUCCAUAUAUUAAAAUUGGGUGUAUUAAUAAGAGUAUGUGUAAAAUAUAAUCUGCCAUUUUGUUUGCUGAAUAUACAUUAAUUUACGAUUUACAAACCAAAAACAAUCCAACCGGAUUACAGGUGCAUUGUAUUCAUUAUCAAAAUUGAAAUAUAAACGUUGAAACAUAUAUUUUUAACUGGCAGAUAAGCAUGUACUUAAAGUGUAUUUUGUUAUAUAUUUUAAUAAAAAUGAUAUUAAACAAA